UGUUGCGGAGCAGCCCGGACGAGGCGGACGGCGGCAGCCGGCUCCUCACGAGCGCGGCGGCGCGUAUGGAAGUGAGAUGGGUUCAGGGAUUCACAAACAGGAACGUUGGUUUUGUCAAUCACGAGACCAUCUGCUACCCCUGCGGCAAUUACAUCCUUUUUGUUGACAUCGAAACAAAGAAGAAGACAGUGCUGCAGUGUAAGAGUGGCCGUGUGGGAGCCUUUGCAGUGAAUGGAGCCAGUGGAGUGGUGGCUUUCUCAGACCAGAAGCUCAACCCCGUCAUUUAUAUCUACACUUUUCCAGGACUGAUUAACUGGAGAGAAUUAAAAGGUCAAGCUCAGCUAGACUACACCUUACUUGCGUUCAGUUACAUGGGUCCAUACCUGGCCAGUUAUUCGUCAGUUCCAGAAUUUGCCCUUUCAAUCUGGAACUGGGAAGAAAAUGUUCUUCUGUGCAGCAAAUCUCAGUUGGGUAUGACAGCAACCUCCUUGAGCUUUAAUCCUCUGAGUUGGCACCAAUUGUGCAUGUCCAGUGAGAGUUCCAUCACUAUCUGGAAUAUUGAAAGGAGUGAUGAAGAGCAUCAUCUCAAGCCAAAGCCUGUGCAACUUCCUGCUGAAGAUGGGUCACAGAUCUUUAAUCAGAAUCCCUUUUUUUCACAUCCUGAUACCCAAGAUGCAUACUAUGGCCCUGUACUGCCAAAUUCUGCUAUUGCUGGGCUAAUUGGGGAUGAAGCAGAGCUAUUCAGGCCAAAAGAUGACAUCCAGCCUUCAGUGCACCCUACUGUCCACUGCUGGAGUGCAACCUCUGACCUGUAUGUGGGCUGUGAAGAGGGAUGUAUUUUGGUGAUUAAUUCUGAGACACUGGAAACUUCUCUUCUUCAUCAGAAAUUUCCAACUGAACAAAGGCAAACAAUUGUUCAGAUCUCACCAAUGAUAUCUGAAGCAAAUUUGAAAAAGGAAGGUCAAGAGGAGGGCAUGGAGCAGUCUGUUGUGCUCGCUAUGGCUUUUCAUAAAAAUGGACUGUAUGCAGCGGGAAGUGAUGGCGUUGUGCAUAUAUGCCAGACCAAAGGCUCAUUCUAUACAAUGAAAAAGUACCUGGAUGUAUCGGAACCUAUAACCAGCCUUGUUUUCUCCCCUGAUUUCUCCAGAUUGCUAGUAGAAACAGAAAAGGGAUCAGUCUAUAUCUAUAAACCUACUUCCAGUGAGGAAGUUGUCAAGCUCUUGGAUGCAUCCAGCAGUCAUUUCCUGUCAGCUGAUUUUCUUACUCCAGGAAACAAAUACUGUGUGUCUGUAGCAAUUUCAGGGGAAGUGCACUUUUGGUUGUUGGAGGAUGGGACCUGCAUCAGCAAGCUAAGCCUCAAUAAACAGGCAACUGCUUUGGUUUGCUGCCCCUCCUCACACAGUGUUGCUGUAGGCACCAAAACAGGUCAUGUCCAUUUCAUUGAUGCUACCAAAGUGAAAACCCCACGGGUGGUUCACCGAGUUCUUCUUACCCACUUUUCUGUGCUCUGUUUGAAUUAUGAUGAGGGUGGUCAAUAUCUCAUUGCUGGAGCUGCAGAAGGACAUAUCUUUAUUUUAGAUGCCCGGCCCUCAAAAUUAUUUGAGGUUCUUGGAUACCUAGUGUUGAGCAGCGAAGUCCUUGGCCUUUCUACAGUUUAUGAUAAGGACACUGAAUUAGUUGAGGUGAUGGCACUUCUUUGUCCUGCAGAUAUCAAAAGAGCAAGACUGGAAAUCUUUUGUCUGCCAUCAACACUCACAAUAGACAAUGAUGAGUGUGUUGAUGAAAGAGGCCUGCUAAAAGAGAAGGUCAUUCAGAAGCAGCAGUAUGAACUGGAUUACCCACUGAGCUCAGCAGUCAGGCAGAAGGAUGGCACCAUAUAUGGCUACUGUAGCCAUGCACCUUUCAUCUGUAAAUACAAUCUUGCCAGCAAGAAAAUCUUGAAAGACCCAACAGUUGUUUUCUCGGAGGAAAGGAUACAAAGCAAUCAGUCUGGACGGGGGUUCCUCUUUUUGUCACCCAACAACCAGUGGUUGGCCUCAGUGGCGGAGGAUGGACUUUUGUUUAUCCGUAAUAGUGUUACUUUGGAAACAUUUGCUCGGGCACAUUGCCAUUCAUAUCAGGGAGGCGGAAUCAGAUCCUUGGCAUUUUCAAAGGAUGGCCAGUCCGUGCUCAUCAAUGGUGUAGAGGAUGGUGCCCUUGUGUGUCUGAAAUGGAAGAUGACUGGAGACGUUGACAUUAAGGAAGCUGAUGAGUAUUGGCAAUCCACUCUUGCUGUUCUGAACAACUCCAUAUACAAUGAAAAUAAUGUUCUAAAAUGUAUGAGAGACUGCCAUGCUGCUUCAAAAUCCAUUCUGCCGUUAUCCUCUGAAAAGGGACACAAGGAAAAACAGCAGAAGCAACCAAGUGUGGAGUUGACAGAUGAAGAUGAAAGCUUCAUUAACUUGAACUCAGUCAGCAUCGGUGAAAUGACAUGGAUGAAACAGAAAAUACAGAAGGCUAUCAAAGAAGAGACGGAGAAGUUUGCUGACAAGAAAAAAGAGCUGAAAAAAGGAAUUAAAAGUCUUCGUAAAACUAUUCAGGAAAUGAUGCAUGAAAAUGAACAGGUGCCUGACAUUGAGAAACUAGAUCAGCAGGAGUUCAAUCUGGAUGCAGAAGAACAAGAAAGGCUGCAACUGGAGAGUGAACAGGAAGUGGCCAGGGUAAGGAAGGAGAUUGAGAUGGAGAACCUUGCCAACUGCUAUUUGCGUGACAUUCUCAAGCAGCAGUGCUGGGACUCCAUGUCUGUCAAAGGACGUGCAGUUAAGUCCUUCCAUACCGCUUAUGAGGUAAAGAAUUAUCCUAUGAAGGAACGGGGUAAAGAAGAGCUGGAGACUUUGGAGAAGGUCCUGCAGUUAAAGAAGAUUGAGUGUGCUGAUCUUAAGAUUCGGAAGGAGAUUAUUGAGUUUCAGCUUCCAACAGUAUCAUCAAAAGAGGAAGGGGAGAAAGUAGAAGAAGACGUGGUGGCUGAUGAGACCACACCCACUGCCUUGAUAGGGAGCCUGAGUGCUCAGUACGGUGGAGAUACAGCUGUCCUGUAUCCCCAAAUGGAUCUGCACACCCGAGAGCAGAAGAUUAAUCAGAUAAUUUUACUGCAGGACAUCAUUUACAGAGUGAAAACUGCCUUUAACAAGGAAUUUGACAUAGUGGCUCGACAGAAGGAGCAGGAGAUAGUAAGGGUCAAGGAAAGGAACCUGAGGAUCCAGGAAAUCUUAACACAGCUUGAUCUCCAGGAGGAAGUCUGGGAACCGACUCUUACAGAUGAUGAGAUACCAGAGCGUGUGCUCACUGUCCAGGAUUCUGAGAUUAAAGUGGAAAAAUACCUAACCCCACAGCAGAGAGCAAAAGCAGAAAUGCUGGCGAAGCUUGAAAUGCAAAGGCGUCUUGCUGCUCAGGACAAUGCAAGACAGCGUGCUCUUAAUGACAUGAUGGACGGGGUCCUAGAGGUCAAAAAGGAAGACAUCUUGAAAAUGGAGAUACCCCCACCUCCUUUUAUAUCCAAACCCGACACCCUUUGGAAUGAAGAAGAAAAGAAAAUAUUUAAGGAAUAUGAGAAAAAAAUCAAGGAGCUGAAUGAAGAAAGAGAAAAACAUAGAAAGAUACUAGAAACUGAACUGAAAAAACUGCAAACAGCAAUUCAGGAAACAACGCAAAGUUUCGAUGACACUGUAUGCAAGCUCUUCGAGAAGAAGGUGAAGUCGGAGAUGGUCAUAUGCCAGGAAGAACUCAAAAUAAACAGCCUCCUUUAUUCGUUACUCCUGGAUGAAGAGCUGAGCACCAGAGAAGCUGGACUGCAUUAUUUUCUUGAGAAGAAGCGGAAAGAGAAGCUCAGUACCGCAGAGGCAGUCCAGAUUGCAAGAAGACAGGUUGAUGCUUACAGAGAGACCUAUGACAAUUUGGUAGCUGAAGACAAGAUUCUGGAACGUGGCUUUAGAAAAGAAUUUUCUGAUGUUCCUAUGCAUCUUAUAGAUCAGCUUUUCAAACUUUACAAACGUCGACCAAGAGCCCAGAAGAUGAAGAUGCACCUUGACACUGCUAACCCUUACGGGGACAGACCAGGCUCAGCCAAAGCUUACAAAGAUGCACUUGCCCAUUUAAUGAGAGCCAUGAAUGAACUGGAUAACCCUGAGAACAUGCCUGAGGGUUUAGACUUGCCUGUUUGGGAACGUUUCUGUUCUGCUCGGCGAACAAAAGUAGAGAGUGAACAGCUGGUGAAACGGAAAGCUUUGACACUAGCAGAGAUGCAGGCUUUUCUCCAGAGAAGAAUAGAGGAUGAUGAGAAGAUAAAGAAGGACAUUGACAACAUCUUCAGUGAAGUCAACCUGUUACAGGAACAGAAGAUGAGGUUUCAAUUGGAUUUGACUGUCCAAUUUCUGCUUAAACAAGGACAGGUGGAACUGGAAAGCAGUGAGCUAAUACCAGAUUACACUGAUGCUAUUCUCAUUAAUAAGAGUGUUAUUGAAGAACUGAAUUGCACUAUCCGGGCUCAAGGAGACAAGAAAAUUGCUAGUAUGGUGGAAUGUAAAGACUUCUCUAAAGGGAUAUUUCAACUGGAAUGGGAACAUAAGAAAAUGAAGAUGCAGAUGGAAGAUCUAAACCAGAAGGCUCGAGAUAUUCAAACCCUGCGUGUGUCAAAAGAUCGUCAGCUUUUCCUAAAUGUACUAAACUACGACAGCCGCGUGAACCACCAGGUAUCGGUGCUAGAGCAGACCCUUGGCAUUAUGGAUAAGCUGCACAAGGAGAAAGUGAAGAAAUGUCAGAAAAUAAUUAAGGACCUGCAGAAGCGCAUCAGUCUGAAGGAGCAAGCAAACUACAAACUCAGCCUGGAGCUGCAAGAAAUGCUCGUGUCUGUCUCAGAAAGGCGGCAUAUCUUUGAGGCAGCUGACACACAACCGGCUUCUGAAAAGAUUGCUAAGGAGCAUUACCAGGAUAUUGUGCAGCGACGACAAUUAGUGGAUCUUGCAAAGGGACAGGCCCAAGAGAUUGCAAUUCUUCAGGCAGAAGUUGCAAGGCUGAGAAUGAAAACAUUCCCUGCCCUUUACCAAGUAGAGUAUUAGCAAGAAAAGCUGCCACAGACGCAAGCAGCAAGGUAGCCUGCAUGAGUGGAUAGAAAAUUCUCAACUAAAGGAGCUUUCAAUAUUUCUUCCUUAAUUUACUAUUUAAAAAAUUUCACCAGUGGACAAAACCUUCAAGUUUGUUUGGUUUGUGUAUUUUAUACAUAAUCUUGUUAAUUCAGUUCAUAAUGAUGUUAUCGUUUGACAGAAGCACAAGUCUGGUUAUACAGCAGUUGAAUACCAUCUUCUUUGUGUGCAUUUUGCGAUCUACAGUACCUAAUCCUAGGACAUUCCAGAAUGGAAGCAGCUCAGAAACCCCAGGGCCUUUACUUGCAUCUUUUUAGAAUGAACUAAUUUGUCUUGCCCUGAGGUGUUUGUUUUUGUUUUUUAACUACUUAGCAUUUUGACUUAAAAAAAA